GGGGAUGGUAUCUAUGAUACCUUCAUGAUGAUAGAUGAAACCAACUGCUCACCCUGUCCAAAAACACUCUGCAAUCCUUCUGAAGCUCCUCAACCCAGAAGACUGAAUAUUAUCACUGAGCAAUUAACACGAGAUCAUACUCAGCACUUUGUGAAUGGAGGUGAGAUGAAGGUAGAGCAGCUGUUUCAAGAAUUUGGUAGCAGAAGAUCCAAUACUCUUCAGUCAAAUGGCAUCGACAGCUCUGAAAAAUCUUCUGUUUCACAGGGGACAAGUUCAGAAAGCCUGAAUACAGUGAAAUCCAGCAGUUCCUCCAAACUCCCUAAAGUGGUGCCUCUGACUCCCGAGCAAGCUCUGAAGCAGUAUAAACAUCACCUCACUGCUUAUGAGAAGCUGGAGAUCAUCAGCUACCCAGAAAUCUACUUUGUGGGUCCAAAUGCCAAAAAACGACAAGGAGUUAUUGGUGGUCCCAAUAAUGGGGGAUACGAUGAUGCAGAUGGGGCUUAUAUUCAUGUACCUCGAGACCAUCUGGCUUACCGUUAUGAGGUGUUAAAAAUUAUUGGCAAGGGGAGUUUUGGACAGGUGGCCCGUGUCUAUGAUCACAAACUUCGACGGUAUGUGGCCCUAAAAAUGGUACGCAAUGAGAAACGCUUUCAUCGUCAAGCAGCUGAGGAAAUCAGGAUUUUGGAACAUCUUAAAAAACAGGAUAAAACUGGUAGCAUGAAUGUUAUCCACAUGCUAGAAAGUUUCACUUUCCGGAACCAUGUGUGCAUGGCCUUUGAAUUGCUAAGUAUAGACCUGUAUGAACUCAUUAAAAAAAAUAAGUUUCAGGGUUUUAGCGUCCAGUUGGUUCGCAAGUUUGCUCAGUCCAUCUUGCAAUCCUUGGAUGCUCUUCACAAAAAUAAGAUCAUUCACUGCGACUUGAAGCCAGAAAACAUUCUCCUGAAGCACCAUGGGCGCAGUGCAACCAAGGUCAUUGACUUUGGGUCCAGCUGCUUUGAGUAUCAGAAGCUCUAUACAUACAUCCAGUCUCGUUUCUACAGAGCUCCAGAAAUCAUCUUAGGGUGCCGCUACAGCACACCUAUUGACAUAUGGAGUUUUGGUUGCAUCCUUGCAGAGCUUUUAACAGGACAGCCUCUGUUCCCUGGAGAGGAUGAAGGAGACCAAUUGGCCUGCAUGAUAGAGCUGCUAGGGAUGCCACCACCAAAACUUUUGGAGCAAUCCAAACGUGCCAAGUAUUUUAUUAACUCCAAGGGCUUACCUCGCUACUGCUCUGUGACAACUCAGGCAGAUGGAAGGGUUAUACUUGUGGGGGGCUGCUCACGCAGGGGUAAAAAGCGGGGUCCCCCAGGAAGCAAAGGCUGGGGGACAGCACUGAAAGGGUGUGAUGACUAUUUGUUCAUAGAGUUUCUGAAAAGAUGUCUUCAGUGGGACCCCUCUGCCCGCCUCACCCCAGCUCAAGCAUUAAGACACCCUUGGAUUAGCAAAUCUGUACCCAGACCUCUCACCAUGGACAAGGUGUCAGGAAAAUGGGUAGUUAAUCCUACAAAUACUUUCCAAGGACUGGGUUCCAAGCUGCCUCCAGUUGUUGGAAUAGCCAGUAAGCUUAAAGCUAACCUAAUGUCUGAAACCAGUGGUAGUAUACCUUUGUGCAGUGUAUUGCCAAAGCUGAUUAGCUAAUGGAUCACUCAGCAAUGCAUAUGUAUGUAUUUUUAAUUACCUUGCAAACAUGCAAAUGGAAAAAAUUCAAGCCCAUUCAUUGAUGGAUAUGUUUUUGUUAGGCUAAACUUUUUUUUAACAAGGCGGAACAUUUUUAUAUGAAUAUAAAAGAACUCUUCAAGUGCUAAUUAUCUAACCAGCUUGUAUUGGCCAUCUGGAGUAUACAUUAAAUGACUUUUUAUAGGUCAGUGCA